AUGGCGAACCGAUCUGCACCUGCUCCUCGUGCGGGUGGUGCUAAUAAGACCUGUCAGUUCAAACUCGUGCUGCUAGGCGAGAGUGCAGUUGGGAAGUCAUCACUGGUGCUGCGUUUUGUCAAAGGUCAAUUUCACGAAUAUCAAGAGUCAACGAUUGGAGCUGCAUUUUUAACCCAGACGGUUUGCCUAGAUGAUGCUACGGUAAAGUUUGAAAUCUGGGACACAGCAGGUCAAGAACGGUACCAUUCGCUGGCUCCUAUGUACUAUAGAGGUGCUCAGGCUGCAAUUGUAGUGUACGACAUUACAAAUCAGGAAUCUUUCCAAAAAGCUAAGAAUUGGGUGAAAGAACUUCAACGACAAGCGUCUCCAAAUAUUGUUAUGGCUCUAGCGGGUAACAAGGCCGAUAUGGCUAAUAGGCGAACUGUUGAGUAUGAGGAAGCUCAGGCCUAUGCAGAAGACAACGCUCUGCUCUUUAUGGAAACUUCAGCAAAGACAUCGAUGAAUGUGAACGAUAUUUUUAUGGCUAUUGCGAAGAAGCUACCAAUCGGUCCCCCAGCCGGAGAACCAAGUGGUACAGUUGACAUGAAUCAGCCACAACAGGCACAGAAGGGUAAUUGCUGCAAGUAG